AUGGUGACGUCACCAUCAGCACAGACUGGUCUGGUGAAGUCACCAUCAGCACAGGCUGGUCUGGUGACGUCACCAUCAGCACAGAGUGGUCUGGUGAAGUCCCCGUCAGCACAGACUGGUCUGGUGACGUCACUAUCAGCACAGACUGGUCUGGUGAAGUCACCAUCAGCACAGGCUGGUCUGGUGACGUCACCAUCAGCACAGACUGGGAGCAACGGGGGCCUGUCAGGGAGCAACGGGGGCCUGUCAGGGAGCAACGGGAGCCUGUCAGGGAGCAACGGGGGCCUGUCAGGGAGCAACGGGAGCCUGUCAGGGAGCAACGGGGGCCUGUCAGGGAGCAACGGGGGCCUGUCAGGGAGCAACGGGGGCAUGUCAGUGUGCAACGGGGGCCUGUCAGGGAGCAACGGGGGCCUGUCAGGGAGCAACGAGAGCCUGUCAGGGAGCAACGGGGGCCUGCCAGGGAGCAACGAGGGCCUGUCAGGGAGCAACGGGGGCCUGUCAGGGAGCAACGGGGGCCUGUCAGGGAACAACAAGGGCCUGUCAGGGAACAACGGGGGCCUGUCAGGGAACAACGGGGGCCUGUCAGGGAGCAACAGGGGCCUGUCAGGGAACAAUGGGGGCCUGUCAGGGAGCAACGGGGGCCUGUCAGGCAGCAACAGGAGCCUGUCAGGGAGCAACGGGGGCCUGUCAGGGAGCAACGGGGGCCUGUCAGGGAGCAACGGGAACCUGUCAGGGAGCAACGGGGGCCUGUCAGGGAGCAAGGGGGGCCUGUCAGGGCGCAACGGGGGCCUGUCAGUGUGCAACGGGGGCCUGUCAGGGAGCAACGGGGGCCUGUCAGGGAGCAACGAGAGCCUGUCAGGGAGCAACGGGGGCCUGUCAGGGAGCAACGGGGGCCUGUCAGGGAGCAACGGGGGCCUGUCAGGGAGCAACGGGGGCCUGUCAGGGAACAACAAGGGCCUGUCAGGGAACAACGGGGGCCUGUCAGGGAACAACGGGGGCCUGUCAGGGAGCAACGGGGGCAUGUCAGGGAACAACGGGGGCCUGUCAGGGAGCAACGGGGGCCUGUCAGGGAACAAUGGGGGCCUGUCAGGGAGCAACAGGGGCCUGUCAGGGAGCAACAGGAGCCUGUCAGGGAGCAACGGGGGCCUGUCAGGGAGCAACGGGGGCCUGUCAGGGAGCAACAGGAGCCUGUCAGGGAGCAACGGGGGCCUGUCAGGGAGCAAUGGGGGCCUGUCAGGGCGCAACGGGGGCCUGUCAGUGUGCAACGGGGGCCUGUCAGGGAGCAACGGGGGCCUGUCAGGGAGCAACGAGAGCCUGUCAGGGAGCAACGGGGGCCUGUCAGGGAGCAACGGGGGCCUGUCAGGGAGCAACGAGGGCCUGUCAGGGAGCAACGGGGGCCUGUCAGGGAACAACAGGGGCCUGUCAGGGAGCAACGGGGGCCUGUCAGGGAGCAACGGGGGCCUGUCAGGGAUCAACGGGGGCCUGUCAGGGAACAACUGGGGCCUGUCAGGGAACAGCGGGGGCCUGUCAGGGAACAACGGGGGCCUGUCAGGGAACAACGGGGGCCUGUCAGGGAACAACGGGGGCCUGUCAGGGAACAACGGGGGCCUGUCAGGGAACAACGGGGGCCUGUCAGGGAGCAACGGGGGCCUGUCAGGGAACAAUGGGGGCCUGUCAGGGAGCAACGGGGGCCUGUCAGGGAACAACGGGGGCCUGUCAGGGAACAACGGGGGCCUGUCAGGGAACAACGGGGGCCUGUCAGGGAACAACGGGGGCCUGUCAGGGAACAACGGGGGCCUGUCAGGGAACAACGGGGGCCUGUCAGGGAACAACGGGGGCCUGUCAGGGAGCAACGGGGGCCUGUCAGGGAGCAACGGGUGUCCAUCAGGGAGCAACAAGGGUCCAUCAAGGAGCAAUGGGGACCUGUCAGGAAGCAACGGGCACCAGCAGAUGAGGAGUGACUUAGUUUAG